CCUCCUCUUCUCUCCUUAUCCCCCCCAGCUACCCCGUCUCCCGCCCUCCCGCGGCCCGCGCGGCCGUUGAGGCGCUUUCUAUUACUAUCAGUUUCUGCCUGGCUUGUCAAUUGCCUUGUUCUCGGCACACUUCUCUUCCGGGACUGGUUUAUCGAACGAGCUGCUUCCGGCCUGCAGCCAUUGCCCCACGCUGCCUGCUUUCUGCUCUCUGAUCAGCAAUCACAGUGGACAUACUCGCUCUCUAUCAGUCUCCGAACAUUGCCAAUAGCGACAUCCACGCCGCAAAAAUACCCUAUCACUUGCUCUCACCGACACACACUCUCUCAAUCAAGUCCCGUCCUCAUAUAGACACACACAAUGAGUACACAACGCCAACCACCCCCUUCCCCACUCCCGAUGCCGAGCCCGCGACUCGGUGCAUUUGCACGAUUAGGUCAAUACAUCACCGGCAGCACCGGAACCGCCUCGCCCCCCGCGACAAACACAAACAGGCAGCUGUUUGCGCCGCCGCCGCCGCCGCCAGACCACCUCGUGUUCAAGACCGACGCGGCGCUGACUGCAAUGUCUGCUGAUCCGGCAUCGAAUCACGCAGUCAUAGCCGGACGUGGAUACAUGCGAGUUGUCCGAGUCGAACCCACGCAGAUCUGCGAGGCCCAAGAUAUGCUCUACGGCGAUCCUCGCGGAGGCUACGUUUCUGAUCUGAAAUGGCUGAUAGGACCGCACUCGAAAACCAUCGCAUUAGCAUCCACAAACGGCCUCAUAACCCUGCACGACGUCGAAAAGCCCGAAGCAGUCCGCCAGCUUGCCUCGGGUCACAGCCGCACAGUCAACUCUCUCAGCGUAAACCCGUUCAACCCACACAUCCUCAUCUCUGGCGGCCAGGACGGAACCGUGCGAUACUGGGACCUGCGGACGUUGCUGAAUGUGGCGACAGUCAAGGGCGUCGACGCCUCCCGCCGCGUACAGUUCUCGUCCGUCGACGGCUCUCGGUUCUGUACAAUCUACGAAUCCGGCACAUUAGCGCGGUACGACGCGCGAAACCUCUCGAUACCAGACCGCAGAGUCACCGCGCACACCGGCGCGGGACUGUGUCUGGACUACCACCCGACAAUGGACGUCGUCAUCACCGGCGGCCGCGACCGCGCGAUGCGAGUAUGGGAUCUGCGGCAAGAACCGACGACGAAGCAAACGCCUUCUUACGAGAUUUACACAUCCGGCGCGAUCUCAUCUGCCAUAUGGCGCAAGCCACUCGUGCACGAGAAAAUCAACGAAAUCACCGACCUUCCGGUCGCAUGCGCUAGUCUGGCGGUGGGCGACUACCGGCUGCAUGUUUUUAAUCUGCGGAGGAGGUACGUUCCCGAGCGAGUUAUCGAUACGCACACGGGGCCUGUGAUGGGCCUUGCCUGGGCAGGCGACGGGCCGUUUGGAUCCGGCGCUCCGCUGGAAGAGGAUUCGGACUCGUCUUCGUCCGAGAGCGAGUACGUGUUUUCACCGGCAACGUCGGGUACAUCUACACAUCCACCUCUGCGGACGACGAAACGAACAAAACGAAAACGGCGGCAACGGGGAGUCCUGUGGGCAUGUUCGCGCGAUAUGACCUUCCGAGCACACGACGUGCGCCGCGCGUGUCCGUGUCGACCGGUUCAUAAUCUGUCGCACCAGGCGUUUGCGUGGGGUCCGGACGACGAUUUCACAUUCAUUGGAUUCGACAAGCGCAAGCUACGACACGACGGACUGAUUGACGUUCCGAUAACGCAGGCGUCACCAGCUACCAAAUCACCGAGCGAAGAGGACUCGUCUACGCCGAUGACUACAUCUACCUCUCCCGUCGCGAGCGUGGUCAGCGGCGGUCUAUGGGGCCGGCGAAAUAGCGCGGCCGCGCAGCGGAAAUCGAGCAUGAGCGGCGCCACGCCGUCGAGUGUGGCGAGCAGCUCGAGUAGUACAGGCAGCGGGUCGAGCAUGAUGAUGCGGAUGCUGCUGUCUACGCGGCGGACGCCGGUGGCGACGGUGCCGUGUGUGCCGAGACAGGACGCGGUCAGCGGGGAUCUGUCGCUGUUCAAGUCUGGGCUGGAUACGCCUGGGAUAAUCACACGGCCCGGGAACGGAUUCGAAGGAAUCGUCGACCAAGAAGAAGAAGACGAGCACGACACAGACAACAAUCACGAACACCACAACAACUCUAAUCACAACACGGCAACUACAAGUAAUACUAAUAAUAAUAAUAAUAAUCGGGAAGGCGUGCAGGCGCGGUUUGUCGAGCGGCAGAUCGAGGGCGUGCAGCAGGACGGGAUCGGGUUUCAAAUGACAGGAAACGGAGAGCAGCCGCGGCAGGUGCGGAGUGUAUAAGUACGCAAGAGCGACUGCUUUCUGGAUGUCUUUUAUGCAUUUUGAAUAGUAUGAGGUGGUU